AAUCAGGAAAGAGUUUAUCUGCAAGUACUGCGGCCGACACUUCAGCAAGUCUUACAACCUGUUGAUCCACGAAAGAACUCACACUGAUGAACGCCCGUAUCCCUGCGAGAUUUGUGGCAAAGCCUUCAGACGACAGGACCACCUCAGAGAUCACAGAUACAUCCACUCCAAAGACAAACCUUUCAAGUGUGAGUUUUGUGGGAAAGGUUUCUGUCAGUUUCGAACCUUAGCUGUUCACAGGGCUACCCACGGACAGGACAAACCUUUCAAGUGUGAGUUUUUGUGGGAAAGGUUUCUGUCAGUUUCGAACCUUAGCUGUUCGAACAGGGCUACCCCACGGACAGGGUCUGUUCCCAAGUGGCCGGCAGCCUGGUCCGGCACAGUGAUAAACUGA